AGAAUCAUCUCACACAUCAAGACAUCCAGGAGCCUCCACAUCAUGUGUCUAAUCCCAGUCUUCUGCUGGAUCACUGCUACAGUUCUGGACCACAUGUUGACUACAGACCAGAGAGGAGAGCUGCCCAAGACCCUGACUGACAUGUACUCACACUUCCUGUUGGUUCAGACAAAGAGGAAGAAGCAGAAGUACGUGAGGGACAGUGAGACGAGUCCACAGGAGCUGACGGAGGCUGACGGGGAAGUUCUUCUGAAGCUGGGGAGGCUGGCGUUUGAACAGCUGGAGAAAGGAAACAUCAUGUUCUACCAAGAAGACCUGGAGCGGUGUGGUCUGGAUGUCACAGAGGCCUCGGUGUACUCAGGAGUUUGUACAGAGAUCUUCAAAAGAGAGUGUGUGAUCUUCCAGAAAACAGUCUACUGCUUUGUUCACCUGAGCAUUCAGGAGUUUCUGGCUGCAGUCUACAUGUUCCACUGUUACACAGACAGGCAACACAAAGGUACUGAAGGCUUCCUGGGAAAAACAUAUGUUCAUUCAACCCUGGAUGACUUCCUGAAGAGAGCCAUGGAGAAAUCCCUUGAAAGUGAAAAUGGCCACCUGGACCUGUUUGUUCGCUUCCUUCAUGGCCUCUCUCUGAAGUCCAACCAGAGACUCUUAGGAGGUCUGCUGGGUCAGACAGACAACAGUCCAGAAAUCAUCCAGAGAGCCAUCAACAACCUGAAGGAGAUGAACAGAGAUAAAACCUCUCCUGACAGAAGCAUCAACAUCUUCCACUGUCUGACGGAGAUGAACGACCACUCGGUACAUCAGGACAUCCAAGAGUUCCUGAAGUCAGAGAACAGAUCAGAGAAGAAACUCUCUUUGAUCCACUGCUCAGCUCUGGCCUACAUGCUGCAGAUGUCAGAGGAGGUUCUGGAUGAGUUGGACCUGCAGAAGUACAACACAUCAGAGGAGGGACGACAGAGACUGAUUCCAGCUGUGAGGAACUGCAGAAAAUUUCUACUUUCUGGCUGUCUGAUCUCAGAUACUCACUGUGAAGUUGUGGCCUCAGCUCUGAAGUCCAACCCCUCCCAUCUGAGAGAGCUGGACCUGACUUACAACGACCUGAAGGAUUCAGGAGUGAAACCGCUUUCUGCUGGACUGAAGAGUCCAAACUGUAGACUGGAGACUCUGAGAUUGAGUGACUGCAGUUCGUCAGAGAUCAGCUGUGCUUCUCUGGCCUCAGCUCUGAAGUCCAACCCCUCCCAUCUGAGAGAGCUGGAGCUGAGCUCCAACGACCUGCAGGAUUCAGGAGUGAAGGUCCUGUGUGGUUUUCUGGAGAGUCCACACUGUAGACUGGAGACUCUGAGAUUGAGUGUCUGCAGUUUGUCAGAGAUCAGCUGUGCUUCUCUGGCCUCAGCUCUGAAGUCCAACCCCUCCCAUCUGAGAGAGCUGGAGCUGAGUGACAACAACCUGAAGGAUUCAGGAGUGAAGCUGCUUUCUGCUGGACUCGAGAGUCCAAACUGUAGACUGGAGACUCUGAGAUUGAGUGUCUGCAGUUUGUCAGAGAUCAGCUGUGCUUCUCUGGCCUCAGCUCUGAAGUCCAACCCCUCCCAUCUGAGAGAGCUGGAUCUGAGUAACAACAAGCUGCAGGAUUCAGGAGUGAAGCUGCUUUCUGCUGGACUGAAGAGUCCAAACUGUAGACUGGAGACUCUGAGAUUGUGGGGCUGCAGUUUGUCAGAGAUCAGCUGUGCUUCUCUGGCCUCAGCUCUGAAGUCCAACCCCUCCCAUCUGAGAGAGCUGGAUCUGAGAUUCAACGACCUGAAGGAAUCAGACGUGAAGCUGCUGUCUGAUCUUGUGGAGAGUCCACACUGUAGACUGGAGACUCUGGAAUGGAGGUAGUGAUCUCUAACCACCAUCAUCCCUGUGUGUUCCUCUGGACCUGACAGAGUAUCAUCAGUGUAUCUGGACUCUGUCCUUCUGCACAGUCUCUGCAGACACACUGAGACUCCUCCACUCCUUCUGCUCCACACUCAACCACCUCCUCCACCUGGACCUGGGUUUCACUUUGUCUUCAUUCAUUCAUAUAUUCUGAACCCAAAGUGCCUCUGCAGAUCAGUUCUGUUUAUGACAACAGAACUGUAGAUUAACACAUUUAAAUAGAUGUUUCUGCUUUGCUUUCUGUUGCAGCUCCACCCUGUGGAACGAUGGAGUUUUGCAGUUAAUUUCCACAUACUACUAAAUAUAUAUAUACCAUAUACAAUAUAUAUACCAAUACCAGCCGUUUUUCAUAUUAUAACAGAUUUGCUUGUAACAAACAGAAAGAAGUAGAUAAAACCUGAACCUGAGGCUUCAGUUUCUCAACUAACUACAAACAGAUUAUGUCUGGAUUUUGGUGGAAAGUCAGCUCCUUAAUAUUGUCUUUUGUAUGUGAUGUUUGAUGUAAAACAAAA